UCAUGAUCAACAACAACACCGCCUUAAUGAAGCAUCCUUAAACACAGAUAACCAAACCAUUUGAACAUGGGAAACAACUCCCUUAGUAAAUGUGGCUGUGGUGGUUUAAUAUUCUGGCGUUCUACUCCCAAAGACAAUCCCGACAAUUUUGAAGAGGCUUCAAACACCUCAGACACAAAAAAACAACAGGGGAGUCGUGAAGGUGUAACUUCCAUUGAAACAUCUUCAUCCGAUAAACACGCAGAUUCUUCACCUGGUUCAAACGCCAAACCAGUCCCUGUUGUUAACCAAACCCUCCAAAGGAACCAUCCUAAAGUGUUACAAACCGAGGGCUACGUGAACAAUGGAAGAAGGGUCCCUAAAGAUGCAGUUGGCAUUUCUGGUGAACUUGAAAGCAUGUUUUCCGAUCGCCAAAAGGGAAGCAACACCCUUGUUCGUGCUUCUUCUAGCAACGUGAUGAUGCACAGUAAUUUAGGUAACCUCAGGAAAGGAGGGAAUACCAACACCUAUUCUCAGAACGUCGGGGAUUAUCGGUCCAAGAAAAGCGACGAAACCCCUGUUUCUAAUGGAAGAUACACAAACCAAAGGGUGGAGAAUGCAAGUAAAGGAAGCACGGAAAAAGUGGGUUCUCUAUGCAGGGUCGUUUCUACUAGAAUGGACCCCGAACAAUUGAAGAUAAUGGGCAAUGAGGAUUACAAGAAUGGAAGAUUUCAAGAAGCAUUGGCUCUUUAUGAUGCUGCAAUUUCAAUUGACCCCAAUAGAGCUUCCUACAGGAGCAACAAAAGUGCAGCUUUAACGGGUCUUGGGAGGCUUCUGGAGGCUGUGUUCGAGUGCAGAGAAGCCAUUCGAAUAGAGCCUCAUUAUCAAAGAGCUCAUCAGCGAUUGGGGAACCUGAGCAAGAGAUUAGGAGAAACAGACAAGGCUCUUUAUCAUUACAAACUAGCAGGAUCGGAGGCUGACCCGGAGGAGAUGGCUAAAAUAAAAAGAAUUCAGUUCCAUUUAAACAAAUGCACUGAGGCACGUAGGAUAGGAGAUUGGAACAACUUGAUUAAGGAGGCCAGCAACGCUAUUUCAUCUGGUGCAGAUUCUGCUCCACAGAUAUUUGCGUUGCAAGCCGAGGCAUUUUUGAAGCUCCGUAGGCAUCAACAUGCAGAGGAAGCACUUAUGAAGGGACCUAAUUUUGAUGUUGAUCAGUGCACCAGGUUCUUUGGACAAAUUUGUAAUGCAAACCUGUUGGUGAUUCGGGCUCGGGUUUAUUUGGCAGUUGGCAGAUUUGAAGAUGCUCUUGUUGCAAUUAAUCAAGCAUGUAAGCUAGAUUCAAACAACAAGGAUGCGAUGAAGGUGAUGAUGAAGGCUAAAGCUGUGGCAAGGGCUAGAUCAAAUGGAAACGAGCUUUUCAAGGCAUCAAACUUCUCAGAAGCUUGUGUUGCCUAUGAAGAGGGGUUAGAGAAUGAUCCAUAUAACUCAGUUUUGCUAUGCAACCGAGCUGCGUGUAGAUCAAAAUUAGGCCAAUUUGAGAAGGCCGUGGAAGAUUGCAAUGCUGCUCUUAACUUGCGACCAUCUUACAUGAGGGCCAGGCUAAGAAGGGCAGAUUGCAAUGCAAAGGUAAAAAGAUGCACUCGAGUUUCCUUUGUUUAUGAACGUAAUGCAGUGUGCUUUUAA